AUGGAUCCUCUCUUGCCAAGUUCAACCAGAGGAUCAACUUAGUGGUGUCCAGUGUCCAUGCCUCAAUCCCCUCAGAGUUCGCGAACUUACUUAUAGCUUUAGUCGAAAUUUGCACGAUUGCAGCAGCAUGAUGCGAAUUCUCGAGUUCAGCUAACAGUCAUCUAGAAUAAAUUCAUCACGGACCGCGUCGCUAUCUACUAGGCUUAUAUUAGAUCGUUUGUGAGUGAGCAUUGGCUGCAUCUCCCGUUACCGGUCCUUGAAAAGGGUCAUGGGACUGUAUCAUUCUCCAUCAACACUGUCUGAAUCUUCUUGCGGCUCAGCAAUGCCCAGAAAAGUUCUCAUUGGAUUUGGCGUAGAUGUUGAUGCUGUGGCUGGUUGGCUUGGGUCCUAUGGAGGAGAGGAUUCUCCGUUAGAUAUUUCACGAGGAAUGUAUGCGGGAGAAGUUGGAGUACCUCGCCUUCUGAAGCUGUUUGAUAAGUAUAAGAUUAAGACAACCUGGUUCAUCCCCGGACAUAGCUUGGAGACAUUUCCAAUGCAAAUGGAAGCAGUUCGAGAUGCCGGUCAUGAAAUAGGUCUUCAUGGAUAUUCCCAUGAGAACCCUGUCUCUAUGACCCUGGAACAACAGCGCGACAUUUUGGACUACACCUACAAGCUUCUUACGGAUUUCAAUCAUGGUGUUCCUCCGAAGGGCAGCGUCGCCCCUUGGUGGGAAACCAGCAAGGAGGGGACGACGCUGUUGUUAGAAAAGGGCAUUGAAUAUGAUCACUCCAACAUGUCCCACGAUUCGCAGAUGUAUUAUCUUCGUGAUGAAGAUACGUGGACGAAGAUUGACUACCAGGCGCAAGCUCACACAUGGAUGAAGCCGCUACAAAGGGGCAAGGAAACAGGACUCGUCGAGAUUCCUGCUAACUGGUACCUUGACGAUCUUCCCCCGAUGAUGUUCAUUAAGUCGAGCUCAAACUCGCAUGGUUGGGUUAACACUCGAGAUGUCGAGCAGCUUUGGAAAGACACUUUCACUUAUCUGUAUAGAGAAGAGGAAGAUUUCGUAUUCCCUCUCACGAUUCACCCAGAUGUCAGCGGUCGUCCACACGUGCUUCUCAUGCUGGAGCGUUUCAUUGAAUGGGUCAAUACCCACGAUAACGUACACUGGGUAACCUUACAUGGGAUGGCUCAAGAUUUUAGAGCCAGUAAAGAACCAGCACCAGGUGCCGUAAUGCCUAAAGGCUUCGCACAACGUCUGUGAAAUGCUGUACAUCGUGUUGUAGAAGACUUCUUCACGCGGAUGAAUAUUGAAUGACGCGAGUCAGUAUUCCAUAAACUCGGUUUGAUAAUCUACACGUGUAGAAGGCCCCAAGAGAUAUUACAUCAUGGAUCGUGGCCAAAGCGAGCUGCAAUCAUAAUACAAGAUCUCUUCUGCAGCCCUUGUCUUUCUAAAGACAGGCUAUAUAAAGAGCCCUGUUCUAGUCUCUUUUUCA